AUGUAUCAACCGCUGAUAGUGUCCGGUAUCACGUUCUUGAUCACAUCUGUUGGGACUCUAGCUAAUAUUGCAGUUUUUAUUUCAACAUUUAAAAUCAGCUCAAUGAAAAGUUCAUUCGGAACUAUCAAUAAAAAUCAAGCAGUGUGCAAUACAAUAAUGUGUCUGAUAUUUCUGUUGUAUGUCUGUCCAAUGCAAUUUAGCGAUUCCACCAUUUUCAUCCAAUAUUCCCAUAUACUCGGAGCUUCCGCAAUGGCAGCCUAUGAAAUUUCUCAUUUGUCUCAUCUUCUAACUGCACUCAAUCGAUUUUGUGCUGUAUUCUUCCCAUUUUACUACGAAAAACUAUUUUCGAAAAUUGGAACAAUUAUAAUGAUUCAAGCGAUUUGGAUUGUUUCAAUCAUAUUUUGUGUUUUAUUUUAUGAAAUUAUUGGUUGCUUAUUCACAUAUGAUGACGUCACAUGGACAUUUGGAUUUCUGACAACUCAAAAAUGCAGUCAACUGACAUGGUAUACAGAUUUCAUUUUGAAUACUGUAAUGAUAAUUGUGACAAUAGUAGUCAACCUGCUCACAGCUUUCAAAGCAGGAAAAAACAGUCGAUCUUUGAUGAAUGCAGCCGGCAUCCAAAUGUCAAGGAGACAGAAACAACGGGAACUGGGAUUUAUUAAACAAACAUUUCUUCAAGGAAUUAGUAUGUUUGCUGGUCAAUUCACAUAUUAUCUCGUUGCCCCACUGCUUUCUAAUCCCGUGCUCUUGUUCCUUUUGGCAUCACUUUGGGCUUUCAUGCAUGCCGUUGAUGGCUUAAUAAUCCUAAUUUCAAACAAAGAGAUGCUCGAAGUGUGUAAACUGAAAUCCAGUAAGUUUUCUAUUUUAAUGGGUCUUUUCUGA